AUGAGCGCCUGCACAUCCAGCCACUCCUCGACCUCGCUGUACGUAGGAGACCUACACCCGGAGGUGACUGAGGCAGUGCUCUACAGCAAGUUUAGCCCAGCAGGGCCCAUCCUCUCCAUCCGGGUCUGCAGAGAUGCGAUCACCGGCCACUCCUUGGGCUACGGGUAUGUGAACUUUUGUCGACCAGAGGACGCGAAGUGUGCUUUGAACACAAUGAAUUUUGAUAUUAUAAAUGGCAACCCAAUUCGCAUCAUGUGGUGUCAACGUGACCCAUCACUUCGCAAAAGUGGUGUGGGCAACAUAUUCGUUAAUCAUUUAGACAAAUCCAUUGAUCAUAAAGUACUGUAUGAUAUGUUUUCUGAUUUUGGUAACAUCCUUUCCUGUAAGGUGAUUUGUGAUGAAAAUGGUUCCAAGGGUCAUGGAUUUGUACAUUUUGAGACACAGGAAGCAGCUCAAAAAGCUAUUGAAACCAUGAAUGGCAAGCUUAUACAUGAUCGCAAAAUAUAUGUUGGGCAAUAUAAGUCUCCUAACCAACGAGAGGUAGAGCGCAGAGAUAGGGCAAAAGAGUUCACCAACGUUUACAUCAAAAAUUUUGGGGAGAGUGUAAACGAUGAGCGCCUUGAGGAUGUCUUUGGCAAGUUUGGACCUAUCUUAAGUGUCAAAGUAAUGACUGAUGAAAGUGGGAAAUCCAAAGGUUUUGGAUUUGUAAGGUUCCAAUGCCAUGAAGAUGCACAGAAAGCUGUGGAUGAGAUGGAUGGAAAAGAGCUUGAUAAUACAACAAUUUAUGUUUCCCGAGCUCAGAGAAAAAAGGAAAGGCAGAAAGAACUUCAACAGAAAUUCGAUGAGAUUAAGCAAAAUAGGCACAACCAAGACCACAGUGUUAACCUUUAUGUGAAAAAUCUUGCUGAUGAUAUUGAUGAUGAACGUCUCUUUAAAGAGUUCUCUUCAUUUGGUACAGUCAUUAGAGCAAAGGUUAUGAUGAAGGACGGUCAACCAAAAGGUUUUGGUUUUGUAUGUUUCUCUUCCCGAGAAGAAGCCACUAAAGCAGUAGCAGAAAUGAAUGGUAAAAUUUUGUCCACCAAGCCAUUGUAUGUAUGUUUUGCUCAGUACAGAGAAGAACGCCAAGCUCACCUCGCUACCUACUACAUGCAGAGAAUGCCAACUUUGACAGCUAUGCCCAACCCAGCAAUCAACCCCUACCAGACAGCACCUCCAGGUUCCUUGAUGCCAGCUGUCCCACAGACAGCAGACUGGGCUGCAUACUCUCCUCUUGGCCAAGCUACUCAACUAACAUCAAGUCUUCACUGCGUCGAUCAGGGUGCCAGACCUCAUCCAUUCCAAAAUAUGCCCAAUGCUAUUGGCCCAGCCACUCCUAAUCCACCAUUCAGUACCAUGAGACCAGCUUCUUCACAGCUUCCACAAGUCAUCUCAACGGAGCCACAGUGUGUUGCUAACACAUCAACAGCAACAGUAGGUUCACCUCCUGCAACUGCUGCCACUUCAGCUACUACUGCUGUCCGCACCAUUCUACGGUAUGAAUAUACUGAAGGAGUCUGCAAUCCUCGACAACUUAAUACACAGCCACAAGCUACCAUUAAGCAGCCUGCUGUUCGUGUACAAAAUGAGACAUCUUUGAUUGCUUCCAGGCUGGCAUCUGCCCCUCCUCAACAGCAAAAGCAAAUUUUGGGCAAAUGGUUGUUUCCUCUAAUUCAAGCCAUGCAACCUACUCUUGCUAAUAAAAUUACUGGCAUGGUCUUGGAGAUGGAUAAUUCAGAACUUCUUCAUAUGCUUGAGUCUCCAGAGUCUCUCCGUUCUAAAGUUGAUGAAGCUGUAGCUGUACUAGAAGCCUGCCAGGCUCAAGGGGAUCAGAAAGCCAUUAACAAUGCCACAAUGGUUCCAAUUUUAAAAUUGACUAUUGACCACAGGGAGAAACUCAUCGAUGACUCUUAG